GUCAAAUAUGACAAAAUGUUGCUUUAUCGAAUUGUUCUUGGUAAAGAAGUAUUAUUAAUAACAUUUCUUAAAAUGAACGAUAAAUUAUAAUGUAAAGAGAUUUAUGAUAAGGAAACCGUGGUCAAUAAAAUUAAUUAAUUACAUUAUAUAAGUUUACAGUACUUUUUAAAAAUGUGGUCUAUCAUAAUAUUAAUAUUUUUAUCUAUUGUAUCUUACCUUUUAACUGAUGAAUUAAUACCUAAAAUGAAAAAUCUUUUCAUAAAUGCUGGAUUAUUUGGUGUUGAUCUUUGUAAGGUAUCCAAAGAAAAAAUACCUGAAGCUAUUGGAGUUGUGUCAGGAUGUGUUUUUCUGGUGACAAUUUUUUUGUUCAUACCGAUUGUUUUUGGGAAUGAUUUGAUGGAUAGAGGAAAUUUUCCCCAUAAUGAGUUUGCAGAGUUAUUGGCAGCUUUAUUAUCAAUAUGUUGUAUGUUACUGCUGGGAUUUGCAGAUGAUGUUUUAAAUUUGAAAUGGAGAUACAAAUUACUCCUUCCGACAGUGGCAUCUUUACCAUUACUUGUUGUUUACUAUGUAAAUUUUAAUUCUACCACUUUUAUUGUACCAAUCCCUUUGCGGCCUAUUUUUGGAAUCUCCAUCAAUAUUGGUUUCUUGUACUAUAUUUAUAUGGGUAUGUUAGCUGUUUUCUGCACCAAUGCUAUUAACAUAUUGGCUGGAAUAAAUGGUCUUGAAGUGGGUCAAUCGGCAGUAAUAGCAUUAUCUAUAAUAAUUUUCGACAUAAUUGAAUUAAGAGGUGAUCAGUUCAAAGCUCAUAGCUUUUCUCUUCAUAUUAUGAUUCCAUAUCUUGCCACUACACUGGCAUUAUUAAAACACAAUUGGUACCCAUCUAGAGUUUUUGUGGGAGAUACAUUUUGUUAUGUAUCAGGCAUGACGUUUGCUGUAGUUGCCAUUCUCAGUCAUUUUAGUAAAACUGUUUUAUUAUUUUUCUUACCUCAAAUUAUCAAUUUUGUGUAUUCUGUACCACAACUUUUUCAUAUCAUACCAUGCCCAAGACACAGACUUCCGAAGUAUAGUGCAGAGACAGAUUUACUUUAUCCGAGUAAAACAGUAAUUUUAAAAAAAGAUAUGAAUAUGUUACACAAAAAUGUAUUACAAAUUUUAACAUGGUUUCAACUAGUUGACAAGCAGGAAGAUAAUGACUGUAUUAUAAUUAACAAUAUGACACUAAUAAACUUAUUCUUGAUAAAAUUAGGACCAAUGUCGGAAGUUCGAUUAACUUCAAGCUUGUUAAUAUUUCAAAUUCUGUGUACAUGUAUAGCAUUUUUAGUAAGAUAUCCAAUGGCCUCAUAUUUUUAUUAAUUUUUCCACAAUUUUAUUUUCUAAAGCUAAAUUAUAUAUACCAUAAGAGUGAAUUUAAAAGCAUUUUUAUUUAAAACUAGCAAUUUACAUAAGUGUAUUUGCAAAAAGAAAAGUAGGUGAAACUAAUCCUAACCAGUCUUAGUAUAUUAUGCAUAUGUAUAUAUAUAUUCAAUAUUUAUGCAGUAGAUUUCUUUAAAAUUAAAAUAUUGACAGUAACACAUGUAUAUUAGAUCAUAUACCAUAUAUAUACAUUUAUAUAGUGUCCAUUUUGUAUAUUAAUAUGUAAAACCUUUUUUAACUAUUCAACUUGUUAGUUGUAAUAGUAUUUUUUUACAUAAAGAAAAGGAUGUGGCUGUGACAUGGACCGAUAAAUAUGAGAGGAUAUACUAUAUACAAUUUUUAAAUACUAUUUCGAACUAAAGUUUUUAGGCUUAUUAUUAAGUACCUAUAAAGUGGAUAUUGUUGAAUAAAAUCAAUUCAACAAAAAAUUUUAUUUUUUUAUUCUAUUAUAAUAAUAAAAACGUUAUAAUUAUUUAACACAUUAUGGUAAAAAUGAACCAUUAUCUGGUUAGUCUUACAGAUUUUGUGUAUUAGUACAAAUUGUAUGCAAUAUUUUCAUUACUUAGCUUUUAAUGAUAAAUAUAUAUCGUCCUGCCCAACUGAACCCUUAAUUAGAACCCUAGACCAGCAAGAAAGUUCAAUGAAUGACCACUAAAUAUUGAUAAUGAAUGAUAAUACCAAUGGCCAGUCAUUAUGACUUUAAUUAUAAAAUAUAAUAAUAUAAGCGGACUUACAUUGCAUUUCAUAAUAAUUAUUAUUUGUCAAUUUAUUGUAAUCUUACUUGGUGAUUGGCCUUUGUGCAAGCCCGUCACCACAUAUCCGACCGCCAAACAGCAAUACCUAUAAUGUUAUUGUUGUGUUCCGGAUAUACUAUUCGUAUUUCUUACAGCCCCAAUGUCCAUGGGCAGUGGUGACCAAUUACCAACACUCGUUCCGUUCGUUUAACUAUUUUAUAUUAAAAAAACUCCAAAGAGGAGCAAUAAUAAUACUUUAUAUUCAUUAUAAUAUUCAUUUUAAAACAUGUUACCCUAAUAACUUUAUGUCGGCCCUACUUAGUAAUAAGCUUUGCCACAAAAUAAUAAUAAUUUAGUUAUAAAUAUUUGUUUUUUUUUUCACCACUUUAUCGCAAUAAAGGAAAUAUACUAGAUAUUAAAAGAAAAGCAUUCAAGCAUACACAUCUCUGCC